GGAAAAAAAAGAAAGAUAAGGAGAGGGGGGAAAACAUCCAUUUCUCGCUCUCUUUAGCCAUGGGUUUCUCUCCAUUAACAACAACAAGUGGUUGUAGUAGUAGUUAUUGCAAUCUUGGAUUAAGCUGGAAAUCAUCUUCAAGCUGGUUUGUGCAAUUAGGGUUUAAUUCAAAUGGGUCAAAUGGGGUUUCGGCUAAACCCACAAAGCUCAAUGCUAGUAAAGUCUUUCGGGCCUGCUCUUGUUCUUCUGAUCCACUUUUGGUGAAGGCUGCAAGAAGAGAACGGGUGAGUCGUCCGCCUGCAUGGAUGAUGCGUCAAGCGGGAAGGUAUAUGGCUGUUUACAGAAAGCUUGCAGAGAAACAUCCAUCCUUCAGAGAGAGAUCAGAGACAACUGAUCUCAUCGUGGAAAUUUCUUUGCAGCCAUGGGAAGCUUUUCGUCCGGAUGGAGUAAUCAUCUUUUCGGACAUACUUACCCCUCUACCUGCAUUUGGUGUCCAAUUUGACAUUGAAGACGUGAGAGGCCCAGUCAUUCAAUCUCCCAUUCGUUCCGAAGAGGGAUUAAAAGCAUUGCACUCCAUUGACUUGGAGAAACUACAAUUUGUAGGAGACUCGCUUAGGAUUUUGCGAAAAGAGGUUGGAGAGCAAGCUGCAGUUUUGGGUUUUGUUGGAGCACCUUGGACAAUUGCUACCUACAUAGUUGAAGGAGGUACCACUCGGAUGUAUACGACAAUUAAGGACAUGUGCCAUACUGCUCCACAUGUAUUGAGAGCUCUUUUAUCUCAUUUGUCAAAAGCAAUUGCUGAGUAUAUUGUUUUCCAAGUGGAGUCUGGAGCUCAUUGCAUCCAGAUAUUUGAUUCAUGGGGUGGACAACUCCCACCUCAUAUGUGGGACUGCUGGUCAAAGCCUUAUAUUGAUGAGAUAGUAGCUACAAUUAAACGAAAGUGCCCACAAACACCACUUGUUCUCUACAUUAAUGGAAAUGGUGGACUUCUUGAGCGGAUGAAAGAAACUGGAGUUGAUGUAAUUGGACUUGACUGGACAGUGGAUAUGGCAGAUGGAAGGAAGCGACUGGGAACUGAUAUCGGCAUACAGGGGAAUGUUGAUCCCGCUAGCUUAUUUUGUCCUCUUCCUGCAUUGACAGAUGAAAUUGAAAGGGUUGUCAAGAGUGCAGGGACCAGGGGUCACAUCCUCAAUCUUGGCCACGGUGUGCUCGUUGGUACGCCAGAAGAAGCUGUUGCGCACUUCUUUGACGUUGCUAAGAGCUUCAAUUUUGACAAGGUCGAGGAUCGUAUAUCCGAGGCAAAUACAGUUGCAGCUUGAAGACAGCAAUUUUGUAGAGCAGACUGUGGAAGCCUUGUUGUACCAAUAACUUGGCAUUUCCAUAUGAUUCUAAGCAAAUAUGCAAAGAGUAGUCUUUUGGUAAUUUUGUAGCUUUUCUAGGAUGCUUGGUUCAGUGCUUCACCUCAGGUUCUUUAAGUUGGGAGGGAAGAGACUAAUGCUUGUGAAUAAACUAGCAUUUGUAUUUAAUCUUAUUCUUGAAUUACUUGAGCAAAUUUGAUGUAUUAAAUAUAUUCCAUCAUUCUCUAUUC